AUGACGAAUGUGCAAGUGCGAUUCGUCAAAAAAAUGUGGCAUAUCAUGAAUGCUAUAGCUCAGAGACUCAUUUUUACAAGCAGACCAUUCAAUGAGUUCUGCAAGGUCACAGGUAUUUUUCACAAACACAUUGCACCUGGGCAUCCCUAUCUACCAACGGAUCAGUGGAAUGCAUGUCCAGACUUUGAAACACAGGCUGGGAGCAAUGAACGACAGGCCUCUGACAACACAUCGAAAAACGUUCAUCAUCAGCCAUGUCUUAGAGACAUUGUGACAUUCCCGAAACCGCUUCCAGUCCAAUCGUCGGCUUCUUCAUCAGCAGAGAAUUCACCUCCAUCAGAAAUACUGCCGUCAAUAUUCAACGCUAAUGAACAUCUACAUCAUUCUUCCAGGCUUCAUCACCUUCCAGGUUAUUUGAAGGACUAUAUAGUUCCUAAACAUUUAAAAUAA